UUUAGCAAACAGUUUCCGACUGUUGUUGUUUUGAAGAGUGUACAAGAUUAGUUUAGCCAUUUAGACGAUUCACUUACGUUUUACUCAAAGUUACUGAAAAUGAUGAACCAAAUGGGUAUGAUGAUGCAGCAGCAAGGAGUUGGUGUACCGGGAGGCGCAGGUGGUGUUGGAAUGGCUGGUCCUGGAGGUAUGGGAGUAUCGCCAGGCAUGAUGCAGUCACCGCAGAUGCAACAAGCUCAACAACAGCAAGUGCAGCAGCAGCAACAGCAGCAAGUUCAACAACAGCAAGUGCAGCAACAGCAACAGCAACAACAGCAAGCGCAACAGCAGACGGAGAAGGUAGAUAACAUAUCGAAGGUCAAGGGUCUAGUUGGGCCACUUCGAGACGCUUUGUCUACCACGAUCAAAACUGCCGCCCUAGUGGUACAACAUAAUCAUCUCAAUGACGCUGGAUCAAACAAAACAGUAGAUCACAACAAUGGCCCACGAUUCGACAAACAUUUGGAAGAAUUCUAUUCCAUUUGCGACCAAAUUGAACUGAACCUAAAAACGGCUAAACUGUGCAUGCAACAGUGUGCUUCAUCGCAACAGUAUCUUCCGAUUCCGGUGGCCACUAGCCAGCAGCCCCCGCCCGAAACAAACGCCCUCACAUACAACCAGUACCUGGAGGUGGUUAAGCUUCAGAUCGGGUACGCAAAGGACAUACACGAUACCUUGAUCUGCGCUGCCCAGAACAUCUCACCAAGCGAAUAAUAGGCACAUAAAGUUCGAGAGAAAGGUAGAUUCAUUUCUUUAUUUUAUUUGUAUAUGGCAUUUAUGAAUGAAAACGUGGGCAUGUGUUCGGAUGAGCAGCGUUAACGUCGGUCCCGUCGAAUCUAUUCUCCUCGUCUGUAUCGACCUCGGAGUGUGAUGGCGAUAAAAUUUAGCUUAUAAAUACAACUCAUGCCGACUA